AUGGACUACGUGGAGGGCAAAAAUAUUCGACAACUUGGCUUCGCGGCGGACGACCAACAUUGGGUUGCGACGCCCGGGCGGACAGGAAAACGACGGGAGGCUCUUUAUCGUGGCCUGGCGCAUAUUUAUACAGAGCUGCGCAAGCUCGAAUUUCCGAGAAUCGGGGCUCUGGGAUUCGACCCGGGAGACUCGUCCAUCCAAGUGCGGCACCGACCUAUCAAUAUCGAGGUUCUCCUGCAAGAAUGCGAAGGCCUCGCACCGACGGCGAGGCUGCCUCCUGGCACGACGUUCGCUGGCGCCAGUCAGUACCUCGAUACGCUGCUCUGGCUUGGCGACAACUUGCUGGAGAAGGGCAGAAACGCAGUGGACGGGCGGCGGAAUUUGCUCCUCUACGCAUUCGCGGCAUACCGGCAAUAUCUCACAAGCAAGUGGAUGGAUCCAGCAUUGGAAACCGGCCCAUUCGUCUUGAUGCACGGUGACCUUGCCAUCCAGAACCUGCUCUGGGACGACGAUAUGAACCUCGUAGCUGUGCUCGAUUGGGAAUGGAGCUCGGUGGUCCCCGUGCAGUUCUUGGUUCCUCCGCUUUGGAUCAUCAACCACGACUUUCGCUUUCUCUGCCUCACCUAUCCGGACCACAUGCAAGAGAUGCGCAAGUUGAAUGCCAUAUUGGACAAGAUGGAUACGCAGCUGGAUUGGUCCCAACAGGAGAAGCGCUGCGACGCUCUCGUACUGCGCGGCCUGUCCCACGCCGAAUAUGUCUACGAUACUUUUUGGUCCCACCUCAGCUACUCGGAAGCUGGCUGCUUGCGCUUUCCGCGUGGCGACGAGGAGUAUGCACAGUACGAAGAAACCGUUGACGGGUGGCUUGAGGAGUUUGAUACCGACGAGAGACGAGAAUUUGUGGAGCGGAAAAAGAAAGAGGCGUUUGAAUACUACGAUGAAGAAGAAGCCUACUUUGGCCCUCCGCCAUCCAAUGCGGACGACUCCAUUCUGACGCCCGAGGAAGAAGCUUUGGCGAGUCGUUAUCCUGCUUUGGUAGAAUACCGCAGAGCCGUCAAGGCUUCGAUGCGACGGUGA